AUGUAUAAAAUGGAAUACUCUUACCUGAACUCCUCCGCCUACGAGUCGUGUAUGGCCGGGAUGGACAGCGGCAGCCUGGCCUCCGCCUACGCCGACUUCAGCUCGUGCAGCCAGGCGAGCGGCUUCCAGUACAACCCCAUCCGGACAUCGUUCGGCGCUUCCGCGGGCUGCCCGUCCCUCGCGCCCGGCUCCUGCAGCCUCGGGACCCUCCGAGACCACCAGAGCAGCCCUUACGCCGCAGUUCCCUACAAGCUGUUCACGGACCACGGCGGGCUGAACGAGAAGCGGAAGCAGAGGCGCAUCAGGACCACAUUCACGAGUGCGCAGCUGAAGGAGCUCGAGCGGGUGUUCGCGGAGACGCACUACCCGGACAUCUACACCCGCGAGGAGCUCGCCCUCAAGAUCGACCUGACCGAAGCCCGCGUGCAGGUUUGGUUCCAGAACCGACGCGCAAAGUUCCGCAAGCAGGAGCGCGCGGCCGCCGCCGCCGCUGCUGCGGCAAAGAACGGAACCGGGAAGAAGUCGGACCCGCGCGACGAGGACAGCAAGGAGCAGAAGAGUGCCGACCCAGACAGCACAGGGGGCCCGGGGGGGCCGCACCCCGCGGGGCCCCCCUCCUCCUGCUCCGGGCCCAGUCCCGCGGGGGGCGCGCUCAGCAGCCAGGGCGGCGGGCAGGGGGACCCGGGGAAGACCUCGGGGUCCAUGGGGGUCCCGGGGUCCCAGGGGGGCCAAGGCUCCUGGGCCAGCGGCCCCGGGACCAUCACCUCCAUCCCGGACUCGUUGGGCGGGCCCUUCGCGAGCGUGCUGUCGUCCCUGCAGAGACAGAACGGCGCCAACAAGGCGGCGCUCGUGAAGAGCGGCAUGUUUUAG